AGAUGCUUACUGCUACGCAUGAUUGAUAGCAUUCUCAAGCUUCCGUUUUUCCAGCUAGAUGUUGUUUCUUUUUAUCAAAUCUCGACCCAAAUCUUCAUCUACUGUUCAUCGUUGUUUUUAAGCUCUCUGAGUUAUCUACAACCCUAAAGUUGUUUUCCAUUGUUAAGACCUCAAUCUGAAGAACUUUUAUAAGCUUUUCUUGCUUCCAUUUCCCCUUCUUUCAUCUUCUUUGCUAGUCUGUGUAAACCAGAUUCAAGUUGAUCUUGAAGUCACUGGACUUUGUUGGUGUUGAUUUUGCUUUGAUUUGUAGCAUCUACACAUCUUCAUACCAAAUCUCACCACUUUUAAAUGGGUUUCUUGUUUCAUUUUGGUUGAGAAAACCCUUUCUUGUUCCUGUUCUUUUCAUCUUUUGGAUUUACAAACUUUUUCUUCUGGUUUGGGGUUUUAUCACUUUCAGUUCCUUUUUCAAGAAAAAGGGCACCUUUUUCUUGAAACCUUAUCUACUUCUAUCAAUGAAGAAUCCUUACACAACAGGGGUAUGCCGAAUUUUUGUGUUGAUUCCAUUCCUGUAUUGGGUUGAAUCCGUGAAUGGAAUAGGGGCUAAUUGGGGAACACAGUCAUCUCACCCACUGCCUCCAGAAACAGUGGUGAAGAUGCUGGUGGAUAAUGGGAUCCAAAAGGUGAAGCUUUUUGAUGCUGAUUAUGGUGCAUUAAGAGCUCUGAGUAAGUCUAGAAUUGAAGUCAUGGUUGGAAUCCCUAAUGACUUGCUUGCCACCAUGGCUACUAGCACCAAAGCUGCUGAGAAAUGGGUCUCAAAAAACGUUUCAACCCAUCUGUCAAAUAGUGUCAACAUCAGAUAUGUGGCUGUGGGGAAUGAACCGUUCUUGGCAACGUAUAAUGGUUCCUUUUUAAGAACCACUUUUCCGGCUCUUCAAAACAUCCAAACCGCUCUCGUAAAAGCCGGACUUGCGAACAGAGUUAAAGUCACCGUCCCACAGAAUGCAGACGUCUACGAGAGCUCGACUGGGGUCCCGUCGGGCGGCGAUUUCCGAGCCGACAUCCAUGACUAUAUCUUCCAAAUCACCAAGUUCUUGAAUGACAAUGGGUCGCCCUUCACAGUCAACAUCUACCCAUUCAUAAGUCUUUAUAUCGACUCGAACUUCCCCGUGGAGUAUGCUUUCUUCGAUGGUCAGGCAACCCCGGUAAACGAUGGUGGGACAACCUACACCAACAUGUUUGAUGCCAAUUACGAUACCCUCGUGUGGGCCCUCCAGAAAAACGGGUUGCCAAAUAUGGGAAUCAUAGUGGGAGAAAUCGGGUGGCCAAGUGAUGGCGAUCGAAAUGGUAAUAACGAGUAUGCUCAACGGUUCAUGCAAGGGUUCAUGACUCGAACGGCUGGCGGGAAAGGGACGCCGAUGAGACAGGGACCGAUUGAAGCAUAUCUAUUCAGUUUAAUCGAUGAAGACGAAAAGAGCAUUCAGCCCGGGAACUUCGAACGACAUUGGGGAGUGUUUUACUACGACGGGCAACCGAAAUACUCAUUGAACCUCGGAACAACCACCACCGGAGCUCUUGUUCCGGCCCGGGACUUAAAGUAUUUACAGAGAAAGUGGUGUGUGUUGAAGGAUUCAGCUAAGAUGGACGACCCCUCUAUAUCUCAGUCAGUGAGUUACGCAUGUGCACUCGGCGAUUGCACGAGUCUUGGGUACGGAACUUCUUGUGGCGGUUUAGAUGCCCAACAGAACAUUUCGUAUGCUUUCAACAGUUAUUACCAGAAAAACAAUCAGCUCGAUGAGGCUUGUAAGUUCCCUAAUGUUUCAACCGUCACGAAAGAUGACCCUUCGACUGGGACCUGCAGGUUUGGGAUCAUGAUCGAGCCAUAUUACAGUGGCGCUCAUAAACUGCUCGGUUCAGGUGGGUACGUUGCAGGACUGGCUUUGUUGUUACUUACGGUCCUGUAAAUGACUGCCGUUGUUGUAUGCCUCAAAAACGUGUGAUCUUGUUAUGGUGAAGAGCAUCAUUCCAAUGGAAAUUUUGAGCUCUUCCCUUUUGUAUGCAACUUUUGGGUUUCAUUUUGCUUUCAAACUAUUUCCAUGGCCAUCUUCUGAAACGAAAGUUGCAUUAUCCAAC